GGCGGAGGAGGGUGGGAGCUGUUGGAAAGUUAUUUAAGAGCCAACUUUCUGGUCCUUUUGCCUCCGUCCUUUUGAGGAAGUCCCCAAGAGGCACAGAGCGAGCCUGCGCUAGGGCACUUCCUUGGGGAGCGCACGCAGGAUCUUGCAAAUCUGAGAAUGUCAGACACUUCCAGAACCACCUUUGGGGGCAGGAGAGCAAUCCCACCCAACAACUCCAAUGCAGCAGAAGACGACCUCCCCACAGAGGAGCUGCAGGGCCUGGUGCCCCGGGGUGUCAACCUGCAAGACUUCCUGAAUGUCUCAGCCGUUCACCUGUUCAAGGAGAGAUGGGACUCCAACAAGAUUGAUCACCACACUGACAAGUACGACAAUGACAAGUUGAUUGUCCGUAGAGGACAGUCUUUUUAUGUCCAGAUUGACUUCAAUCGUCCCUACGAUCCCAGGAGGGAUUUAUUCAGGGUGGAAUAUGUCAUUGGUCGCUACCCUCAGGAGAACAAGGGGACGUACAUCCCAGUGCCCGUCGUGCCAGAGCUGCAGAAGGGAAAGUGGGGGGCCAAGGUCAUCAUGAGCGAGGACAGGUCUGUCCGGCUGUCCAUCCAGUCCUCCCCCGAGUGCAUCGUGGGUAAAUUCCGCAUGUACGUGGCUAUCUGGACCCCCUAUGGCAUACUCCGAACUCGCCGAAACCCGGAGACAGACACGUAUAUUCUCUUCAAUCCUUGGUGCGAAGAGGAUGCUGUAUAUCUGGACAAUGAGAAAGAAAGAGAAGAAUAUGUCCUGAAUGACAUCGGGGUCAUUUUUUAUGGAGACUUCAAUGACAUCAAGAGUAGAAGCUGGAGCUAUGGUCAGUUUGAAGAUGGCAUCCUCGAUGCUUGUUUGUACGUGAUGGACAGAGCACAAAUGGAUCUUUCUGGUAGAGGGAAUCCCAUCAAAGUCAGCCGGGUUGGAUCUGCAAUGAUUAAUGCCAAAGAUGAUGAAGGUGUCCUCGUUGGAUCAUGGGACAAUAUCUAUGCCUAUGGCGUCCCCCCAUCAGCCUGGACUGGAAGCGUUGACAUUCUACUGGAAUACAGGAGCUCUGAGAAUCCAGUCCGAUAUGGCCAAUGCUGGGUUUUUGCUGGUGUUUUUAACACAUUUUUGCGGUGUCUUGGAAUUCCAGCAAGAGUCAUCACCAACUAUUUCUCAGCCCAUGAUAAUGAUGCCAAUUUGCAGAUGGACAUCUUCCUGGAAGAAGACGGGAGCGUGAGUAACAAACUCACCAAGGAUUCAGUGUGGAAUUACCACUGCUGGAACGAAGCGUGGAUGACCAGGCCUGAUCUUCCUGUGGGAUUUGGAGGCUGGCAAGCUGUGGACAGCACCCCCCAGGAAAACAGCGACGGCAUGUACCGGUGUGGCCCCGCGUCGGUUCAAGCCGUCAAGCACGGCCACGUCUGCUUCCAGUUUGACGCUCCCUUCGUGUUUGCAGAGGUCAACAGUGAUCUUAUUUACAUCACAGCUAAAAAAGACGGCACUCACGUGGUAGAAACCUUGGAUACCACCCACAUUGGAAAACUAAUUGUAACCAAACAACUUGAAGGAGACGGCAUACAGGAUAUUACUGAUACCUACAAAUUCCAAGAAGGUCAAGAGGAAGAGCGGCUGGCCCUAGAGACAGCACUCAUGUAUGGAGCUAAGAAGGCCCUCAACACAGAGGGCGUGGUCAAAUCGAGAUCAGACGUGGACAUGGACUUUGAGGUGGAAAAUGCCGUGCUGGGAAAGGACUUCAAGAUCACCAUCACCUUCCGGAACAACAGCUCCAACCGUUACAGCAUCUCUGCCUAUCUCUCGGGCAACAUCACCUUCUACACCGGGGUCUCCAAGACGGAAUUCAAGAAGGAGACAUUCGACGUGGUGCUGGACCCCUUAUCCUUCAAAAAAGAAGAGGUGCUGGUCAGAGCUGGGGAGUACAUGAGCCAGCUACUGGAACAAGGAUUUCUGCACUUCUUUGUCACAGCUCGCAUCAAUGAGACCAAAGACGUUCUGGCCAAGCAGAAGUCCACUGUGCUGACCAUCCCCAAGGUCAUCAUCAAGGUCCGAGGCGCUGCGGUCGUUGGUUCGGACAUGGUUGUCACUGUUGAGUUCACCAACCCUUUAAAAGAGACGCUUCAAAAUGUCUGGAUGUACCUGGAAGGUCCUGGAGUCAUAAGACCCAAAAGGAAGACGUUCCGUGAAAUCCGGCCCAACGCCACUGUACAGUGGGAAGAAGUGUGUCAGCCUUGGGUUCCUGGCCGUCGGAAGUUGAUAGCCAGCCUGACCAGUGACUCCCUGAGACACGUGUAUGGGGAGCUGGACCUGCAGAUUCAAAGACGACCUUCCAUGUAAACGCACAGGAGGCUGAGAUGGACCCAGGCUUGGCUUCUUGUAGGGUUGGCUAAGGAUAUUCUAAUGCAAAAAUAGCUCUUGCUUUAACUUAGGUGUGAAGUCUCAGACAGGACUAGAGGGAGCCUGAGAGUGGGGACGCUAUAUACAGCAAAGACACUCUUUUCCAAACCUAAGCUAUCCAGCAUGAAAGUUAGUUUUGAAUCACUCUACCUUCCAGAGGAUUCUGAGCAUUAGCUUUAAUUAAGCUCUAAUUAAGCUCUCAUAGUGCAUAAGAGCAAAAGUUAUCAUUUAUCAUCACAAAUGGCUACGCCAAAUAUCAGAGGGCUUCACUUAAUGGGGAGAUUUGCUCAAUACCUGCCCUCAUUUAAAACUUCUGAUUUCUCACUCAGCCUUCUGGGGGCAACGUACUCCCCCAAAGGGAGAGAAACACAUGACCCAGCUCUUAGAAUUCUCUUCCCCUUUCCUGGAAUCAGGUUCUACCCUCCGUGUUAGAAUCCUUUUCCCAGGAAUCUGAACACAGCAUCAUUUUUCUUCUUGGCAAAGCCAGGAAAAGGUCUUUCAUCUUGCACCUGCAGCCAAGAGAAUGCCUGCCAAAUUUCACAGAUUUACCUUGUGAGAAGAUGUGGCCCCACAUUAACAAAUUGCAUUUGUGCGAAACUUAAUCACCUAGGAGGAGAUAAGAAAGCAGGUGCAAUGCUCUGAUCUAUUGAAUAAUGUAGUUUUAUGGUGCGUUUUAAUAGGUGUCACACUGUGGCCUGAUCAGUGGGAACCAAUAUCCCUUACUUUAACCUUUCUGGGGUAUAUAACUAGAAAGUAAUGAGGCUGGUUUGGGACUGGAGGAAUAAGGAUAAUUCUCCUUAAUUAGUGAUUAUAGUUCACCUGUCUCCCUGGGAUCAUCUCCUUCACACAAUGACACAGGUUCAGGUCUUUUGUCAGAGAUAGAAUGAGCCCAGCAAGUUGGAGAAACUGGUAGAUUGAAUGACUAGACACGUAGAAGAACAGGCAGCCACUGAGUCUCUCUUUCCUUCAUAUUGCCUAUGUUGAGAUCUCACCUCAACACCCAGGUGCUGAAAGGUAACAGGAGCACAGCUCUGCAAACACCCAGUUCCAGUUCUGGCCCAGUGACAGGAUGCCAACAUCAUUUGUAUUCUGCACCAAGGCUCCAACAGACAAGUUUACUGGUAUUUAUUUACAAGGCAGAUUUAUGGUCAGAAUUUCCCAUUGAAGUGCUUCGGGUAUGAUUUAGGUGAGUAGAUUGUCAUUUUUAGAAAAAAAAAUACAUAGAAAGUCAGAAUGGCAUGCUACAUUCUAUUAAACUACAUUUCUCAGCCUUUGAAACUGAUUUUGAACCUUCAGUGCUAAGUCAUGAGGGUUACUGGGUUCCCCUCUAUAAGUAUAUCAUACAUAACUCCAUUAAGUCAUCUCCCAGCAUUUUCCAAGCCUUUCAGUACCCAAUUUUUUAAAUGAAAUGCAUUUUGCUAGACUGUUAAACUGGCUUAACUUCGUAUAUUGUUAUUAAUGCAAAUGUAAUAGAUGCUUAAAAUAAAGCUAAUCUGAUUAUAUUUGCAAUUGCA